AUGAGGCCCUCUGGAGAUUCACUUGAUGAGCAUCAUCUUUCCUCUGAUCCACCCAUGCUCAUCAGCAUCGCUGGUGAGGUGCCUGGUUCUCGGAGCUAUCACUCAUCCUGUUUCAGUAACGGCAACAGUAUUUAUCGACCAAAAGGGCCUGUCACUCCCAAAUCGGCACCUGCUACUACUCACAAAGUGCUCUUGCCUUCAAUGGCAAGUCGGGCACUAGUUGAAACGACCAACGGCCUAGGUCUGGCCAAUGUGAGUUUAUACCUGUCUUCUUCCCAGCCUAGCAAGUAUGACUCCUAA